UUGCAAGUGAAACACAAGCCAGAGCGGGAGGAGGAGAGGAGCCGCCAGCAGCACUGCAGCCGACAGCCUCACUAUGCCCCGCUGAGCGCUGCCAGUGCCCGAUCACCCGCCGCGGUCCGUCAGCAUGGCCCAGGAGCGCCUCCAGCCCCGGCUGUGUCACAUCCAGAAAGGGGAGCAGGGCUACGGCUUCCACCUGCACGGAGAGAAGAACAAGACCGGACAGUACAUCCGCAAGGUAGAGCCUGGCUCCCCGGCGGAGCUGGCCGGCCUGAGCGCUGGGGACCGGGUGCUGGAAGUCAACGGGGCGAACGUGGAGAAGGAGACCCAUCAUCAGGUGGUGCAGCGCAUUAAAGCCAUAGAGAAUGAGACGCGAUUGCUGGUCAUAGACAGAGAGGCGGACGAGUUCCGGCGCCUCUCACAAUCCAGCUCGCCCCCUGAAUCCCAGCCGAACUCCAGUGCCCCGUCCUCCCCGACAGUGGGCAACAAUAACGGCGAGAUAUGGAAGACGAACGAGGACACAAGCCUCGAGGACCAGCUGCAAAAUAACCACAGCACCGAGAACGGCAAACAGCUGUGUGAACGGUACCGGGAUGUGAAGAUCUAGGGUCUGCUGAUGAUG